AUGGCAGAUUUAGAGAUUUUCAAGUUGAUGGCAUUGUGCUCGAUGAGGAUGCAAGUUACAAAAUCAAAAUACAUUGUGAAUGAGAAUUGUCCUCCAAUGGAGAUUAGGAACAAUAUGGGGGUUCGUGUGUAUAUGGAGACAAAAAAGGAGAAUAAAAACUUAGGAUCGUAUCCGUUACUUAUAAGUGUACGAGAUUUCAAUAUGGAAUUGACUAUUACAAAUGAGAACACAAGUGCAGGUUCGUCUGGGACAAUACAGUUACUUGAUAUGCCAGCCUCUCCCGUCAUAGAGGAAUAUCAAAGUGAAAUAAUAACUGAAGGUACACAAAGUGUUAUCGAAGAAGGACAAGUGUAUCAAGACAAGCAAACAAUUGCAACUGCAAUGAGGCACUAUUCUGUCAUGCACAAGUUCCAAUUCAGGGUUGAAAGAUCUAGCCACAGAAGCUACUGGCUUAUAUGCGUUGCAGAAAACUGUAAUUGGCACUUCAAGGCAACAUCAAUUAAUGAUUCUGCAAUGUUCAAGAUCAGAAGUUUCAACCGACAACACACAUGCACCUUAAUGGACGAUACAUUCAUACAGCGCAAACAUACUGCAGUUGUAGUUGGUAGCAUGGUCAUGCCAAAGUAUUGUGAUCCUAAGACAGUUUACACACCAAAGGACAUACAAACUGACAUGUUGUCCCAACACGGAGUGAACCUAAGCUACAUGCAAGCAUGUAGAGCAAAGGAAAAGGCUUUACAGUUAUUGAGAGGUCAUCCGGCUGACUCCUACAACAAAUUACCAAAAUAUUUUUAUAUUCCUGAGAAGACACCAGUAGUAGUGGUUGAUGGGACAUUCUUAAAGAUAGCCUACAGGGGGAUUAUGCUGACAACAAGCACAAUGGAUGCAGCAGGUACAAUAUUGCCUUUGGCAUAUGCUAUGGUUGAUUCGGAAAACGACGCAUCGUGGAAGUGUUUUUUUGAGCAAUUCAAGCAAUCAUAUGGUGAAAGAACUUCAAUGUGUGUUGUUUCAGAUAGGAAUGAGAGUAUCCUGAAGGCAACAUCAAUUGUCUAUCCGGGCGUGCCACACUACUCUUGCAUGUGCCAUAUUUGGACAAAUAUAAGGGCAAAGUUCAAGAAGGGUCAUCUACAAUUAAAUGAAUUGUACUUUGCUACAGCAGGGUCAUACACUCUGGAUGAAUUUAAUGAAAGGAUGUCGAAGAUUGAAGAGAUAGACCCGCGUGUUAAAUCAUACCUCUAUGAUAUUGGCUAUCAUAGAUGGUCAAGAGUACAUGCAACGGUGAAUAGAACUUGGACUAUGACAUUAAACAUUCCAGAGUCGUUGAAUGCUGUAACAAAAGAUGCAAGAGAGCUGCCAAUAUUUGACCUAUUAGAGUAUAUGAGGACACUUCUUGAACGUUGGACGAAAGAAAAGUUAUUGAAGGAAAAGGGUACUUUCACAUACUUUGGGUACAAAUUCAACAAAGAAUUGGAGAAAAACAGUACAUUAUCUCAGAAACUUAGGCGGUACAUUGAGUGUCUUGAAAGCAAGAAAUGUACUUGUGGCCAGUUCCAACUUGAUGAACUUCUAUGUGCGCAUGCUUUGGCAGCUUUAAUGCACAGGAAUGAAACUUAUGAAAACUAUUGCUCUCCGUAUUACACAAGGGAGAGCCUACUGGGUACAUAUGAAAUACCAGUAAAUCCCCUUCCUGAUGAAAGCAAAUGGAAUGUGACACCACAUAUAUCUGAUGAAGUAGUAAAUCCACCUACGGGAGAGAAAAAGCAGCCAGGAAGACCUCAAAAGGAAAGAUACAAAACAUAUGAUGAACUAAAGUCAAAGAAGUACAAGGUGUCAUGUGAAAACCGUGGAGGUGAAGGGCAUAACAAAAGAUCUUGCAAGAAUGCACACCCCAAAAAAAAUAUCAUGUAG